AUGGAUAACAUUUAUUACAUACUUCUGGGUCUUCUCGCCCUUUUCAUCGUGGGACCGGCCCUCUUCGCGGACCGCUCCCCCAUCCCUGAAACCUCGGGCAAGGUCUACAAGAUCACAAACGAAGCCGAGUUAAACUCUCUCUUGUCUUCCACCGCACGCGUGGUAGUCGACUUCUACGCCGACUGGUGUCCUCCCUGCCGCGCCAUCGCUCCCAUCUUCUCCAAGCUUGCCGACGACCACGCCUCUAGCGGCAAGCUCGCUUUCGCCAAGGUCAACGUGGACCAUGUCGGAAACGUCGCCGGCAAGUACAGUGUUUCUGCUAUGCCUACGUUUGUGGUCUUCCAGAAUGGCGUGCCCAAGGGCGUCGCUGUUGAUGGCAUCUCGGCCAGCCGGUCUGUGAGCCUCUCUGAUGAUGGUCUGGUUGAGAGGAUUCGCGGCGCGGAUCGGGCAGCUCUUCAGGCUACAGUUCAGGCUUUGGCUGCCAAGGAGUAA